AAAAAACAUUGGGCAAUGGCUAACUCUCUCCAAUGGGGCCCAUCAUAUCUACAGGUUGAGCACCUCUAUUUCAUACCUGUAUGUAAUGGUCGGGCGAAAUCACAAGCCAUGGAGCUCCUCUCACUAUCUUCUCACGUAAGGACUCCGCUCUCUUCUUCCUCACCAAAGGUUUCAAUCGGAAAUCGCAGGUUCCUAUCUCGUCGGGGCCUUGCAUUUCCUGGUAGUGAGAAGUACUCAGAUGGUUCGAAGCUCAAAUUUCUUUAUUUCAGAGCUCAAGCUUCUUCGGAGAAGCCAGAUGUCAUCAAACAGGAAGCCCAGAAUAAAGAUAAGGAUAUUGCAUUUGUCGCUGGUGCUACUGGUAAAGUUGGUUCACGUGCUGUAAGGGAGCUUCUAAAACUCGGGUUCCGAGUUAGAGCAUGUGUCAGGAGUCCUCAAAAAGCAGAAAGUCUUGUGCAAAGUGUUCAAGAAAUGAAAAUGAAUACUGGAGAUGCAAGCAGAGAAACUCAAUCUGUAGAGAAGCUUGAAAUUGUGGAAUGUGAUCUGGAGAAUCAAGAUAUGAUCAUACCGGCAAUAGGCAAUGCAUCUGUGGUUUUGUGCUGCAUAGGUGCCAGCGAGAAAGAAGUUUUUGAUAUCACUGGACCAUAUCGAAUUGACUAUCAGGCUACUAAAAACCUUAUCGAUGCAGCUACUGUUGCACAAGUUGACCACUUUAUUUUGCUCACAUCUUUGGGGACAAACAAAAUUGGAUUUCCUGCAGCUAUUCUAAAUUUGUUUUGGGGAGUCCUGAUUUGGAAAAGAAAAGCAGAGGAAGCAUUGAUAGCCAGUGGUCUUCCUUACACUGUAGUUAGGCCUGGAGGAAUGGAGAGACCGACUGAUGCUUACAAGGAAACUCAUAAUAUUUUCCUCGCAAUGGAAGAUACUUUAUUUGGUGGCCAAGUCUCAAACCUUCAGGUGGCAGAACUCAUGGCAUUUAUGGCAAAAAAUAGAAGCAUGUCUUACUGUAAGGUAGUGGAAGUAAUUGCAGAAACAACUGCACCACUAACACCCAUGGGGGAGCUUCUUGCUAGGAUACCAUCUCAACGUGUAGAUAGUUCCACAUCCAAGGGAAUUCAAGAUGCAAAUUUACCUGGUCCUUCGCCUGAAGCUGAAGCUAAGAGCACUGCCAUCGUGGAAGAACCUGCCCAAGUGAAAGCGUGGCUGACAAAGCCACUCUCUCCAUAUAUUAUGUAUGAUGACUUGAAGCCACCAACUUCACCGUCCCCCAGUGUACCUACAGUAUCACUUGUCUCAACAUCUAGUAGUGAUGGUGCUCCUCCGUUAUCAACCACAUCAGGCAACGGAUCAGCUCAACCUCCACCACUUGAUAAGCCAUCAGACAAACAUCACUCUAUGGAACCAAAACCAAGGCCACUUUCACCUUUUUCUAUGUAUGAAGAUUUAAAGCCUCCAACCUCCCCUAUACCAUCCCCAAAGAAGUGUUAGGACAUUUAUCAAUCUAACAGAUCUCCUUUGAAACAAUGCGUUGGGGAUUUACUGGGUGCACUUGCCCUCAGUUCCAGCAGGGACUAACUAUUGGAAAUUCAGUAUUAUUUUCUGUGUAUGUCUUUUUGGCUAUAUUGUCUCAUCAUUGGAUCUGAUGGCCCACAAAAAAUGUAAAGUACAUCAUAUUCAAAUUUCAUCUCAACAAAUGGAAUAUAGCUGAUUGAUUGAACAGCCUA